AAAGUCCGUGCAGUUUCCAGCCCCCCUUAUUAAUAUACAUCACCCGACCAUGCGAGUUAAUUAAUAAUUCAGCGUCGGGGUCAGGCUCAUGAAUAUUCAGUGUUUGCUGCCCUGGUGCGUGAUGGCGACCGCGGUGCUGUGUCGGUUGCUGGGCCUGGAUGAAGUGAGAAGCGCCGCCUUACGCUGGCGUGCUCCCUGCUCUAUCCAUGUGGGGUGCCGAAAGAAAUCAACUCAAUUCUUAAAUCGUCCCAAUCUACCUAAAUUAGCAUACGAGAGAUCAAAAGGUAGAAAUCCAGGAGUUCUUUUCUUGCCGGAUUUUGCAUCCAAUAUGAAGACAGAUAAAGCAUUGGCACUUGAGGACUUUUGUAAAUCACUUGGGCAUUCGUUUGUAAGGUUUGAUUAUACGGGAUGUGGUGCAUCUGGUGGAAAGUUCAGUGAGUGUACGAUAGGACAAUGGAAGAAGGAUGUUUUGUCUGUAAUCGAUGAGCUCACUGAAGGACCACAAAUUCUGGUAGGUUCUAGUAUGGGAGGAUGGCUCAUGCUCCUUGCUGCAAUAGCACGGCCAGAGAGAGUAGUUGCACUUGUUGGCAUAGCUACUGGGGCGGACUAUUUAGUGACUGCUUUCAGACAGCUUCCUUUGGAGACAAAGAAAGAAAUAGAAGAACAAGGUGAAUGGUAUUUGCCAAGCAAGCAAAAGGAAGCAGGAUUUUACAAGAUUCCCUAUUCAUUUAUUAAAGAUGCUGAAAAUCACUGUGUGUUGCACAGCACCAUUCCAAUCACUUGUCCUGUGAGGCUUAUUCAUGGGAUGGAGGAUGGGUAUAUUCCCUGGCAGAUUUCACUGAAAGUAGCUGAAAGUGUUGUUGGUUCUGAUGUGGACCUUAUCCUUCGCAAACAGGGUCAGCAUAAGAUGGCUGAGAAAGAUGAUUUAAAAUUAAUAGUUUACACAAUUGAUGAUCUCAUAGACAAACUUUCAACACUGCCAUAAUUAGGAUUAGAAAUUAAUGUCAAGUAUGUAUAUAAGUAUGUAUAUAAUUAAAGGUACAUUGAAUUUAUAGAGGUAGUUUUCGUCAUCAAUUCUGUGAUGUGAAUAUACUGUGCAGAAUUAUUUUGAACUGCACUUAAAAUGUGCUUAUUAAAGAAUAUAUCACUUUGAUUAAAAAGUCAGCAGUUGGAAACAAAAAAAGAGAUUUUUUAACUGUUGAUGGAUGAUUAUUAAUGCAGCACAGUUGAAAAUACAAGCUAUAUAAGAUUAUUGGUGUUAAUAAGUGUGUCCUUACACAGCAAUGUUAAUGCAUCUUUGAUAGUUUAGCAUUGCUUGGUUGCAGGAAUAGAAUGAACUAUAUUGUUCUAAUGCUGUAUUUUAGAAGAAUACUAGCAGUUUCAAUGAAAAAUAAUUCUGCACUGUUGCCAGAUGUAUUUUCACUCUCUUUUCAGUAUUAUAUCAAUUUUUCUGUGUACAUACUUUAAUUUGGAGAUACAGUAUAUAUUUCUGGAGUAUCAGUUAUAGAUCUCAAUGUUACAUUGUUUAUCAAAUUUGUUUCCAAAUAUGACAUACAUAAGGUCACCCUUGGAAAAAGUGAAAUGGUACAACAAAUUUCUUUAUAAGUCUGCUUUUAUAAGUAAGAGGACAAAUAUUAUUUAAUAAAUUUCUCAUAGGGAUAUAUCUCUACUUUCACACAACCUUCAAACUUGGUUCCUGAGAAGUCUGUUACAUUCAAAAGCUACUAAAUUGAGAGUAAGUGAUUUAUAUUAAAAAUUUGCAAUACAGUAUGUAUUUCAUAAGUCAGUUUGAUAUUAUAUGAAACAUUAAAUGCCACAGUAUAAAAUCCACUCUCUUCAGAUGCUAAGGGCUAAGAUUCAGUGUUUUGCUGCUGCACAAGUCAAAUAACAAUAGAAGUUAAGUUGUUAACUAUUGUUUCUGUUCAGAGCUGUAUCAGUUUGAAUAACUAGGAGAAUAUAAUGCCCUCCUUGCACAUUGGGGCAGUUAAUGAUGAAAGUAAUUUUCUGUGUUUUUUUGAAGAAUAUACAAUAAUCAAUGUAAUUGUAAAUACAUUGUCAAAAUUAUUAUUUUGUUCACAUACUGAUAGUUUAGAUUUAAUAUUUAUUACAACUCCAGUCUUGGCUGUGAUUUUUUGUUACUCUCCAAAUAAUUAAACUGAAGAAGAGAA